CUUUGUUAUCCGAUACUUUUCUGAGUCAGCUGGUGCUGGCGUCAGGCGGAGGGAUGGGCUGGCUCGGCUCGACCCGGCAGGGCUUGUUUACUAUGGCUGAUGAUCUCGAGCAGCAGCCUCAAGGCUGGCUGAGUAGCUGGCUGCCCGCUUGGCGCCCCACGUCUAUGUCACAGCUGAAGAAUGUGGAAGCCAGGAUCCUCCAGUGUCUCCAGAACAAGUUCCUGGCCCGAUAUGUGUCCCUCCCAAACCAGAACAAGAUCUGGACAGUGACUGUAAGCCCUGAGCUAAAGGACCGCACCCCCCUGGUGAUGGUACACGGAUUCGGGGGUGGCGUGGGCCUCUGGAUCCUCAACAUGGAUUCACUGAGUGCCCGGCGCACGCUGCACACCUUCGAUCUGCUUGGCUUUGGGCGAAGCUCAAGGCCAACAUUCCCAAGGGACCCAGAGGGAGCCGAGGACGAGUUUGUGACCUCAAUAGAGACGUGGCGGGAGACCAUGGGGAUCCCCAACAUGAUCCUCCUGGGACACAGCCUAGGAGGAUUCCUGGCCACUUCUUACUCUAUCAAGUACCCUGAGAGAGUUAAACACCUCAUCCUGGUGGACCCAUGGGGCUUUCCCCUGAGACCGAGUGACCCCAGUGAGAUCCGGGCACCCCCAACCUGGCUCAAGGCCGUGGCCUCUGUCCUAGGGCGUUCCAAUCCAUUGGCUGUUCUUCGAGUAGCUGGGCCCUGGGGGCCUGGCCUGGUUCAGCGAUUCCGGCCGGACUUCAAGCGCAAGUUUGCCGACUUUUUUGAAGAUGAUACCAUAUCAGAAUAUAUCUACCACUGCAAUGCACAGAAUCCCAGUGGUGAGACAGCAUUCAAAGCCAUGAUGGAGUCCUUUGGCUGGGCCCGGCGCCCCAUGUUGGAGCGAAUUCACUUGAUUCGAAAAGAUGUGCCCAUCACCAUGAUCUAUGGGGCCAACACCUGGAUAGAUACCAGCACGGGCAAAAAAGUAAAGAUGCAGCGGCCAGAUUCCUAUGUCCGGGACAUGGAGAUUGAGGGUGCAUCGCACCACGUCUAUGCUGACCAGCCACACAUCUUCAACGCUGUGGUGGAAGAGAUCUGCGACUCAGUUGAUUGAGCUGUUCUGCCUAGAGGAAGAGGAGAAAGCCAGAGAGAGUUGCUCUCACCUCCCUGUCUGCUUACUCACCCCUUCUGUCCUUUUCCUGACCAACUAACAUGUGCCAGCAAGGCAGAGUCUUAGCCUGUCCCCAGGGCAGGACCACAGUGAAAAAGAGCGCUCCUGAGCCCAUGCUGAGGGCUGGAGGCAGAAGCCACUAGAGGCCUUGAGCUCCCCACCCUGAGAAAGAACAUAAAGGGUUGCAUAAUGCCACUGCAUUCUCUCCAUGCCAAGUGUUAGCCUGAUGAUGAUUUUGAAGGGA